AUGGAUGACCCAAUAGCGAAAUUCUUUACGGGCAACACAGCCGCUGCGUUGCUGAGGGCAUGCAAAAGCACGGGAAUUAAUGAUGAGAGCACGUUGGGGGCACUAGCUUCGGACAAGGAAUUGUUAACUGAAGUGGCUACAAAGGCAACCCAAGAUGGUUUCUGGCCUGAACUACAAUGUGGUCCCCUGGUUGGGAACGACACCAAGAAGAAGGUGAACUUGUUGAAGGCCAAGAGCAAGCUUGAAGACAUAUCGACCCAGGCGAAGGAAGGUACCACCAUCUCGCCCAAGCUUUUAAUGGAAAUAGCUUAUGAACGACUUGGUUCCGAUCUCUCUGAAAGACUUAUACUUGAGAGUAGUCACCUCAAAAUAAUGGGGAAGGAUGCCGCAGGCUUUUGCGAGUUGAAGCUUCCUAGCGGUGUGGUGGGUACAGGUUUGGAGACUCCAGACUGGAGAGAAACAACAGAUGGUUCUAUGGUAGCGGUCAAGAAGAUGACUAAUACUAGAUCGCCGACCACGGUCGCGGAGUUACUCCGGGUAAUCUGUAAAUGGCUGAUCGCUCUAUCGAUUAUUACUGAAAAGAGAAGCAUACUGGUAGCUGGGAUUGACUAUAUGAGUAGAUUAUGCUGGUUAUCUAAUGGUAAGAACGACUCCGAGGUGAUUGAUUUUGACUUAUCACUAAGGAGAGGGUUGUCUGCUACUGCUAAGCGAUUGGCCCGAGAGCGUAAUAUUGACUAUCAUGAGGCAAUAAUGGUGGCUCUCCGGGAGGUCCAAGACCAACAGGCUCUCACUAAGGUCAUAACGGCAACCUCAGUCGGUGAGCAGCGUUCUUUUGGUCCCAAUGCCAAGAGAGCGAGGGAGCUAGGUGGCAAGGGGAAUGUUUGUCGGUUCUACUAUGAAGACUGCAUAGCAGUUCGUACUGGGUCAUGCUAUUAUAAACCGUCGCAGCACUUGAACAAGCCCAGCGGGAACGGUAAGGGUAAAGCCAACAAGGGUGCCUUCGGUAAAGGAAAGGCGAAAGGGUGGUAUGGUUUCGUCGGUCAGACAAGUCAGAGUGACAUGAUGGGGGGUAGUGCGGGGAUAGGUAAAGGUAGCAAAGGGGACAAGUUCGAGAAAAAAUGA